UUGAUGAAAACACCUUAAAACGACGCGAUGACCGCUCUCAGGUUCCUCUCUGCUCGCACUCAGCUUCUUACCGUGUCAAGCAGUGUAACAUUGCGGCAAAGUUGAAACAUGUUUACGUUGGGCACUGUGUCAUCUGUGUAUCUCGUUGGGAAACAGCCUUCACCGACUACGAAUAUACCGGUCUACUGCGACGCGUUACGCGACCUACCUUAUCUGCCAAGUAGGUGCGUACCGGAAAUAACGCCGCAGGGGGGCGAUAGUCGGACGUUAACCGAGCACAACUAAUGUGUGGUCCAUCGAGUGGCGUGAUAGGUAAAGACAUAAAGUGCAUGCGAGGUAAUCGGUCACGCGCGCGCGCACGUGUACGUACGCGGGUCUCUCCCGACGCCGUCGGUGUUGUUGUCGCACGGUGGUAGUUUCUUUCCGAAAUAGGGAACGCAAAAGGCAUACGACGGAUUCUCGCGGCGAAACGCGACGCGGUUUCGCGAAGAUUCAUGUUGGCGCGUGCGCACACGCGUAAGUAGACGAGCGGCGGCGGUCAGACGUGCGUGUUCCGUAGCGCGAAUUGCGGCGGUGGCGGCAGCGACGACGACGACGACGACGGCGACGACGACGACGUCGCGCGAGAUACACCGACGAGUUCGGUCAGUCCGAGUCGGUCGGUCGUGCGGACAUGCGGCGACCUUUGACCCGUCAUCUUUCCGAGGGUGGCGGUGGUGGUACAGUCGAUGGCGGUGGCGGCGAUAGACGACAACGUUCAAUUGCGAAGGGGGGCAACGACGAGCGCCCCGGAGGAUACACCUGGGCCUCCCGCGAUUACAGCCAUCACCUGUCGUUCGGCGACCUCUUCAAGGCAACCCCCACGUCCCUGGCCGACUGCCGCGGCCGCGCAGAUCCCCGGGCCGUCACGAUCUACAGACUUCUCCGAGUUGUUUUGAACAAUUGGUCAGACGCCUCGAGGCAUUUGUAUCAUCAACUUGACCGCAACCGAAUUCUGGUCAGUAAAGGAUAUGUCACAGAUUACUCGUUGUUGUAAACAACCUAAAUAGAUAUAUUUCGGCAUAUCGUCGGCACAUUGAAGUCUGAAGAUUGAAAACGAUGGCACAUAUACUCAAAGAUAUACUCAUACAACAUGAAUCUUGUCAGCUAAUGGAAGAGGUCUUCUGAUGCUGUAAAAAUUGCGGCAGCAACUAGAGCAGCCUGUAUAUUGCGAUUCAGAAUCACGGAGAUCCACCACCGUGGAAGAUGAUAAGCAAGACGUAUCAGGCGCUAAUUCG